AAAAUUUAUCAGAAUUUUAAAAUAAUUUAAAGGUGUUAUUUCAGUAAAAAAAAUGGACACCUUACAGACUUCAUUAUGUGAAAGUGAUUCAAUACAAGUUCUGACAUCCAAAGAAUGUGAACCAACAAAUUUUAAAAAUAACUCUCACUCAGUCAGAAUACUGGAAGACUUACAAUCUCUGCGCAAAAAUGAAGUUUUAUGUGAUAUUAGAUUUGAAACUGAUGAUGGAUGUGCAACGUUUGGUCAUAAAAAUGUUUUAAUGGCAGCUAGUCCAUAUUUCCGUGCAAUAUUCAAAUCGCGAAAAAUUUGUAAAACAGGCAACAGCACCGUUAAUUUGAGAAAAUUAGAUUCUACCGUCUUACAACUAUUAGUAGAUUAUAUUUAUACGGGUGAAAUUAUGGUCACAAAAGAAAAUGUACAGGGUUUGUUACCAGCUGCGAACCUCUUACAGUUAGAUUUUGUAAAUGGCGUAUGUAUUGAGUUUUUACAAAAACAGUUGAAUGCAUCAAACUGUCUUGGUAUCAGAGCGUUUGCUCGUUUACAUAACUGUACGGAAUUGGUAUCGAGUUCUGAAACAUUCAUUAAAAAACAGUUUUUGGAAGUGGUUAAUAGCGAUGAGUUUCUAUCAUUAUCAUCCGAUGAUGUGGUUAAGAUAAUCUCCUUUAAUGACCUUGCUGUUCCAUAUGAAGAAAAAGUAUUUGAAAGUGUUAUUAAAUGGAUAAAAAAGGAUUUGGAUCAGAGAAAAGAUUAUUUGACAGAAUUAAUGGAACACGUACGUUUGCCAACAAUAACAUCUAGGCCUGAUACAUUAUUAAGUAUAGUAAACGAACCUCUUCUAAAGGAUAAUCUUAAAUGUAACGGAUAUGUAAGUGAAGCAUUACAUUUUAAUCUACGAAAAUCAGUUCAGUAUUUCACCAUUCCACAAACAAUUCGUUGUAAACCCAGGCAGUUUGGUGACUCACAUAAAGUUAUUUUAAUGUUCAACCGGUCUGAUACAUCACCAAAGUGUUAUACAGAAUGGUAUGACCCAGUAACCAAACUACGUGAGAAAGCCCCAGGGAUAAAUGAUUGUCGUUGGGAAGCUGGUCUUGGUGUAAUUAGAGAUCAAUUUGUGUUUGCUGUGGGAGGUGUGAAUAAUACACGUUCACAAUCUGUUAGUAUGCUUGAUGUAUCUUCACAAUCGCCCUCUUGGGUUCCAAUGGCCGACAUGGUAGUAAAACGAAGAUGGUUAGGAGUUGGUGUAUUGGAUGAUUGUAUAUAUGCAGUUGGUGGAGGAGAUCCCGACAAUUCAUUAAAUAGCGUUGAGGUUUUUGAUGUCAGUAUUCAAAAAUGGAGGUUGUUAGCUAGUAUGUCUACUGAAAGAUGGGAUUUGGGUAUUGGUGUACUCAAUAAUCGUUUAUAUGCGGUUGGUGGUGCUGGCAAUGGUAAAAUAUUGAAAUCUGUGGAAUAUUAUGAUCCCACUCUUGACUCAUGGACACCAGUUGCAGAGAUGUCUGAAUGUCGUAAAGGUGUUGGUGUAGGAGUCUUGGACGGUCUUAUGUAUGUUAUUGGUGGCUAUAAUAGAAAACAUCUUAAAAGUGUUGAGGUUUAUAGACCGAGUGAUGGAGUUUGGUCUUCUGUAGCUGAUAUGGAAAUAUGCCGAUUUCGCCCUGGAGUAGUGGCAUUAGAUGGUUUAUUGUAUGUUAUGGGCGGAAGAUCUGAUGGAUUUAUCUAUAGUGAUACUGUAGAAAUUUACAACCCCAAAACCAAUACUUGGACAAUGGAGAGAUUUUCGAGAAGUGGUGUCCACAUUUAUGGUGGAGUAGUUGUUGAUAGACCACCAAAUUGUAUUAAUUAAUCAGCAUUAUUGUUGAUAGUAAU